CCUUCUCCUUUCCUGCAGUUUUUAUUCCUGAAUUGAUGUUUUUAUUCCCUUUUUUCCGAGGGACACCAAGCUGGAUCCCAGUUUUCCUGACCGCUGUCCGUCUGUCCCGCAGGGGCCACACGGUGAAGGCUGUCUGUGAGUCCUUCCACCUGGCCAAGGACGCUGGCUUCAAGGUGGUGGCGCACAUGAUGCCAGACCUGCCCAACGUGGGGCUGGAGAGGGACCUGGAGCAGUUUUUUGAGUUUUUUGAGAACCCCGCGUUCCGCCCCGACGGGCUGAAGCUGUACCCCACGCUGGUGAUCCGCGGCACGGGGCUCUACGAGCUCUGGAAGACGGGGCGGUACCGCAGCUACCCCCCCAGCACGCUGGUGGACCUGGUGGCCCGCAUCCUGGCCCUGGUGCCGCCCUGGACGCGCGUCUACCGCGUCCAGAGCAGGCGGAUGAGCCGCUCUGGGAUGUCACCCACCUUUUAUUUGUGGGAUUUCCCUCACAAUUCCCUGGAUUUGAGCUAAAAACCCGGAUCAGGAUGAUUUUCUCUCUGCUCCUGUUGGGAAAACCCAGCCAGCCCGGCGUUCCUGGGGCUGUUCCGGAGUGGGAAUUCCCUGGGAUAUCCCUGUGGAGCUCGGUGUCCUCCAGCACCACGUGAAAUGCUCGGUUUUCCCCCAAAUUUCAGCUUUUUGGAGGGAAUUUUGUACCCUCUGCAGGGUCUUUAUUUGCUCGGAGAAACCCCUGGAAUUUUCCUUGGCCAGGACACGAGGAAUCAUCCCCAGAUCCUGUGGAUUUAUAGAAAAAAAACCCAAAAAUCCUUUUUUUUUCCUUUCCCAAGGACACAAGGAAUGGGAUUGGGGGAAUUUUGGGAAGGAAUUCCUGCCUGGGAAUCCCUGGAAUUGUCCCAGCAGAGGCUGGGUGGGAUUUCAGCUCCUUUCCAACUCCUUAAUUUUAUUCUACAAAAUCAAAUCCUUU